UCUACGCAAAUGUGCGCGAGCUCCAUGGAGAGUCUGGAUCCAGCAGGACAGAGAUGCUCAGCUAGAAGGGCUAGCGCCGCUUCAAAACAACCAGCUGCAGCCUGCAGUUAGACGCUGCUUUGUGGUGGAAUACUACAGUAGGGUUCCAGGAUUGAGAGAAUUCAUGACAGGUACGCGAUUUUGCAUAGGUAGAGAAUAUUAUUAUCACAUUGUUCAAUAAUGGGAGGAAACAGAUAUGCGUCUGACGUUAGCUAGCUAGCCAGCUAGCUAGUUGCUGGCUAGCUACAAUAAUCAUUUGAGACGCGUACGAGGCACCAGCUUUAGCUAGCUAGCUAGCUAGAGAAAGGCUACUGCUAGGCCUUGAAGGGACAAACAUUAAAUAUCCUACAAUACAAUCUGUUUGAUUUACCAGCAAUACAACACUUUUGUCAUUCUCUAUUGUACGACUUGGGCAGCGUGGAAUUAUAUAUACAGUAUAAAAGAAGGAUUUUAAAUCGAGGACUUAAAGAAGAAAGGACUAUUCGUCUUUGAACUGGAAAUAAGGCACUGAAUCUAGCUAGUAGGCUAUCUAGUUAGCUUUAUAGCUAACGGUUUCUUGCUGCUGUACCGUACGGGCCUGAGAAACAGUCGAUUUGCAAGCUAGCAAACCCUUCUAACAAACUACAAACGUAUCGCAAAUGUUUUGGGGGGACUUCGUUGUUGGAAUUAAUCGUUGACAGUGCCGAAUUUCGAGUGGUAGUUUGGAAGGAUUUGUUCGGUAUCUAACGGGGGAGCUAGUAGCUUGCUCACAGAGGCUUUUUGAAUGUGGGAUAAAAUGGAGACCCCAACGAUUGUCUACGAUCUCGACACCUCUGGGGGGCUUAUGCAGCAAAUCCAAGCUUUGCUUGCACCUCCCAAGUCUGAAGACGGCGAAAAAAGGAGUCGUAAACCGGACAAAAAUGCUCGGAGGACCGGGAGAGCCACAAACCACGACACCUGUGACAGUUGCCGUGAAGGAGGCGACCUGCUCUGCUGUGAUCACUGUCCCGCUGCAUUUCACUUACAGUGCUGUAAUCCUCCUCUGAGCAAGGAGAUGCUGCCCCCAGGGGACUGGAUGUGUCAUCGCUGCUCCGUGCGUCGGAAGAAGCGUGAGCUUAAGAAGGAGCAUAUAAAUGGUUUGCUGGAGCGCAGCAGCUUGCAGCUCUCCAAACAGUCUCCGGCGUCCGAGCAGGACGUGUCGUCUGGGCCACUGCGUCUGGACCCGGCCGUGGGCCCGGGGCUGAGGGCGGCCGUGGCCCAAGUCCGUCUGCUGGAGCGGAGGCCGCUGAGCCGGCCCAACACCCCCACCUCCACAGCCUCCACCGACACGCCCACGCCCUCCGAGCAGAACGACAUGGAUGAGGACAUGCUGGACGUGGAGGAUGAAACGGUGUGCUCCGACCAGGAGAGCUCCACCCCCCACCUCAAAAGGCCCUUCGACCUCCUGAUCGCCGCGGCAAUGGAGAGGAACCCUACACAGUUCCAGCUGCCCAACGAGCUCACCUGCACCACAGCCCUCCCAGGAAGCAGCAAGAGGAGGAGAAGAGACGAGAUGAUGGGAAAGAACAUGAAACGCUCUCAGCAUGAACGUGACCACAGCGGUCUGGUGCCGCUGCCUGUGAAGGUGUGCUACCCCUGUGGCAGGAGCUGCAGGCUGGCUCCGUUGAUCCAGUGUGACUACUGUCCCCUGCUGUUCCACAUGGACUGCUUGGAGCCCCCGCUCACAGCCAUGCCUGUGGGGAAGUGGAUGUGCCCCAACCACAUAGAGCACCUGGUGCUGAAGCAGAGGAGCCUCACACUGAGCAGUCGCUGUCAGCUGUUUGACCAGUUCCAGGACAGGAUGUCCCAGCAUGCUGUCAAGGUGGACUUCCUGCAGAGGGUCCACCGCCUGCAUCCUCCUGUCCGCAGGGGAGGCCACGCCCACCUGAAGAGAACGCUUAAAGUACCUGACUCCAUCAAGUCCCAGUACAGGUCUCCCCCUGUCAUGAUCCCCCCCGCUGGGAUCCGCCACGGAGAGCUCAUCUGCACAGGUGUCCCAGAGGCCUCCCCCUCCCCGCACCCCUCCCAGCGGCUCCAGCCCUUCACCUGCAACGAGGAGCAGCAGGAGUGGCUGCGAGGCGUCAUCACCCUGCAGUGCAGCAUCAUGCAGCACCUCUCAGCCAGGCACAAGUCCUCACAGUGGGAGGCUGAUGUCAAACCUAGCGUCCCAGCGGGGGAGUGCGGGGCUGAGUGUAGCUCUGACAGGACAGCCCCAGGCCCCCAGGGGGCCCCUGCGGGGCUGAAACUCGGCUCAUGUCCCAGUAACGGCCCCGUGGACCAGCAGGCCAACGGGAGUCCCGAGGCCCAAUUCCCUCCAGCCUCCACCCAGUCCCCCCCGGCCUCCACCCAGUCCCCCCCGGCCUCCACCCAGUCCCCCCCGGCCUCCACCCAGUCCCCCAGCCCCCAGCAUCCCAGCCCCAGCCCCGCGUUACCCAACCACCUGGCCGUGGUUAAGACUGAGGCCCCGCCCAGACCUUGUUUAGGACCUGCCUCCAUCAGACCAGACCCCUGGACUCCCCACCCCCCAGACCCUCUCAGGGCCCCUGCCCAGACUGGGAGCACCAAGCUGGGCUCAGAUGGAAAGAUGGGUGUGGAUGUGGCAGAGCUCUCCGGGAGGGCCCCCCAGCCCCCCGGGCCCCAGCCCCCCGGGCCCCAGACCCCCGGGCCCCAGCCCCCCGGGCCCCAGCCCCCCGGGCCCCAGCCCCCCGGGCCCCAGACCCCCGGGCCCCAGCCCCCCGGGCCACAGCCCCUCUCCCUGGGGGACCUGUCCAGCUGCCUGAAGGCUGUCACAGAUGGGCAUGGAGAGAUCCAGAUGGGGAACUUGGAUGAGAAGUUCAUCCGCCUGCUGGCCUGGCAGCGGGUCCAGCAGCUGUUUGAGCCCAGAGCCUGGUCUCCUCAGAGCAACUACAUCAGCACCAGCCAGCCCGCCCAGACACAGGAGCAGCAGUCUGAAGCACACAAGGCCAUCCAGGCCAGGGCUGUGUUCUACCCUCUAGCAGGAACAGGAAGUGCGGUCAACAUGUGCUACAGGACCCUGCACAUGGGAACUGGUGCUGAUAUGGAUGUGUGCCUCACCAACUAUGGCCACUGUAAUUACUUGUCAGGAAAACAUGCUUGUAUCUUCUAUGAUGAGAACACCAAGCAGUAUGAGCUGCUGAACUACAGUGAGCACGGCACCACGGUGGACAACGUUCUCUACUCCUGCGACUUCUCAGAGAAGAUCCAGCCCAGCCCCUCCAGCAGCCUGGUGGCCAAGGUCCAGAGCAUCAUCAAGCGCUGCAGGAGGAGGGAGCAGCAGGGGGAGGCCACGGGAGAGGCUGUGGAGGCCACAGUGAUGAGCCAGGGCCCGGGAGAGGCUGUGGAGGCCCUGUGUGACUGCAGGUCCAGCAGUUGCAGCAUGGUGGGGGGCACGGGGGCGGGCUGGGGUGGCGCGGGGGCGGGCUGGGAGGGCACGGCCCUGCUCCACCACGGCAGCCUCAUCAAGAUGGGCUGCAUGCAGUUCCUCUUCAGCGUCACAGAGUUCGCCUGCCUGCCGCCCAAGGAGGAGAACCAGGCUGCUCUAGCCAGCCUCCACCCCAGUCCAGACAGAGGGCUCUGCCAAGCACCCCGCCCUGCUCUAUCAAGGGCCCGUGUUUCACCCUAACCCUGCCCCCACCCCCACUGCCAGUCCUGGUAGAAGUCCUAAAGUGUUUUUUAUUUUGUUAAAUGUUCAAACAUUUUGCUGAUAUGAAGUAUUUUUCAUGCUCAGAUUUUGUGGGCAAGUUGCACAUUGAAUUUUUUAUUUUUCCUCUUUGUAAAUGUUCAUCUUUCUGAAAUAUAUUUAAAUUGGCAUUUAAAAGGGAUUCUCUGUGGGAAUCAAGAUGACUUCACUGGAGCAACAACCCCACUAGACAGUCAUGAUGUGAGUAACUUGUUCUCUACUGUGCCAGUAAUAAUAGCAGAAACAUGCUCAUUCUGUUCAGAAAAUUUACUUUAUUUCUCCUGGCCAUUUUAGUUUGUGUACUGUAUAAAGACAAUGUAAUUGUGUUCAGAUGUUUUUGUUACCAUUGCAGGUAGCUCUAUAAUGAAACAUGCACACAUUCAUGUUCCUAUGUUUUAUAAACUAAUAUAAUUAUGUACAUGGUAAAUAAUCCCUUUUUCAACUACACUCAUGAUGGACAGCAUAGGAUUCUGUUUGACCAGACCUGUGAAGGUCCUUUGGUCGUUUUGACAUUUGAAUCUGUACUAUGCUUCUUGUGAAAUUUGUGCAGUACUCUUGAAAAGUAUUUGUCGUGUUUUUCAAUACUGUAGUCUACAUUGUAAAUACUGUGUUUUAGAGAAGUUCAUCUGAACAUUUUCACGUGCUAUGUAAAUAUAAAGCAACCUCAACAAUG